AUGGUCGGAUACCCCGAGGCCCUCACGGACCCCUCCUACAAGGCGCAGAUCCUGGUGCUCACCUACCCGCUCGUGGGCAACUACGGGGUGCCCCGGGAUGAGGAAGACCCCUACGGCCUCAGCAGGUGGUUCGAGUCCAACAAGAUCCACGUGGCCGCCCUGGUGGUGGGCGAGUGCUCCGAGACCCCCAGCCACUGGAGUGCCGCCCGCUCCCUGCACCAGUGGCUCAAGGAGCACAACGUGCCCGGGCUGCAAGGGGUCGACACCCGGGCGCUGACCAAGAAGAUCCGCGAGAAGGGGGCACUGCUGGGGAAGCUGCUGCCCGAUGGGACCCCUGAGCAGAGUGUCCCCUUCGAGGACCCCAACACGCGGCACCUGGUGCAGGAGGUGUCGCUGCAGGCCCCGCGCGUGUUCAACGCGGGUGGGUGGCCGCGCGUCAUGGCCGUCGACUGCGGCCUCAAGCACAACCAGGUGCGGUGCCUGUGCGAGCGCGGCGCCGCCGUCACCGUUGUGCCCUGGGACCACCCGCUCGACCCCGCCGACUUUGACGGGCUGCUGGUGAGCAACGGCCCCGGGGACCCGCGGCAGUGCGGGCAGACGGUGCGYGCCCUGCGGCGCCUGCUGGGCGCCCCCCGCGCCCCCCCGCUGCUCGGCAUCUGCCUCGGCCACCAGCUGCUCGCGCUCGCCCUGGGCGCCCGCACCUACAAGAUGAAGUACGGCAACCGUGGGCACAACCAGCCGUGCGUGCACGAGGACACGCGGCGCUGCUUCAUGACGGCGCAGAACCACGGCUUCGCCGUGGACACAGCCACGCUGCCGCCCGGCUGGGCGCCGCUCUUCACCAACGCCAACGACGGCUCCAACGAGGGGCUGGUGCACGAGCACAAGCCCUUCUUCAGCGUGCAGUUCCACCCCGAGCACCACGCCGGCCCCAUGGAUCUCGAGGGGCUCUUUGACGUCUUCCUGGAGACCGUGCGGGACCUGCAGCGCGAGGACGGCGGCACCAAGACGGUGCGGCAGCGGCUGCAGGAGCGCCUGGCCCCUGGUCUGGUGCCGGUGCCGGAGGCGCCGCGGCCCCGCAAGGUGCUGAUCCUGGGCUCGGGCGGCCUCUCCAUCGGCCAGGCCGGCGAGUUCGACUACUCGGGCUCGCAGGCCAUCAAGGCACUCAAGGAGGAGAACAUCCAGACAGUGCUCAUCAACCCCAACAUCGCCACCGUGCAGACCUCCAAGGGGCUGGCCGACAGGGUCUACUUCCUGCCCAUCACGCCCGACUAUGUCACGCAGGUGAUCCGCAACGAGCGCCCCGACGGCGUGCUGCUCACCUUCGGCGGGCAGACGGCCCUCAACUGCGGCGUGCAGCUGACGCAGGGCGGCGUGCUGGAGCGCUACCGCGUGCGCGUGCUCGGCACCCCCGUCACCUCCAUCGAGAUGACCGAGGACCGCAAGGUCUUCGUGCAGAAGAUGGAGGAGAUYGGGGAGCACGUGGCGCCCAGCGAGGCCGCCGCCUCCCUGGAGCAGGCGCAGGCGGCGGCCGAGCGCCUGGGCUACCCGGUGCUGGUGCGCUCGGCCUACGCGCUGGGCGGGCUGGGCUCGGGCUUCGCCUCCUCGCGCGAGCAGCUGGCGGCCCUGGUGAGCCAGGCGUUCGCGCACACCUCCCAAGUGCUGGUGGACAAGUCGCUGCAGGGCUGGAAGGAGAUCGAGUACGAGGUGGUGCGCGACGCCUACGGCAACUGCGUCACGGUCUGCAACAUGGAGAACCUGGACCCGCUGGGCAUCCACACGGGCGAGUCGGUGGUGGUGGCGCCCAGCCAGACGCUCAACGACCGCGAGUACUUCAUGCUGCGCCGCACGGCCAUCAAGGUGGUGCAGCACCUGGGCAUCGUGGGCGAGUGCAACAUCCAGUUCGCGCUGAGCCCCGAGUCGGAGCAGUACUACAUCAUCGAGGUGAACGCCCGGCUGUCGCGCAGCUCCGCGCUGGCCAGCAAGGCCACCGGCUACCCGCUGGCCUACGUGGCGGCCAAGCUGGCCCUGGGCAUCCCCCUGCCCCAGCUCAGGAACUCGGUCACCAACUGCACCACGGCCAACUUCGAGCCCAGCCUGGACUACUGCGUGGUGAAGAUCCCGCGCUGGGACCUCAGCAAGUUCCUGCGCGUCAGCACCAACAUCGGCAGCUCCAUGAAGAGCGUGGGAGAGGUCAUGGCCAUCGGCAGGAGCUUCGAGGAGGCCUUCCAGAAGGCGCUGCGCAUGGUGGACGAGAACUGCGUGGGCUUCGACCACACGCUGAAGGCGGCCUCGGACGUGGAGCUGGAGACGCCCACAGACAAGCGGCUCUUCGUGCUGGCGGCCGCGCUGCGCGCCGGCUACUCCAUCGAGCGGCUCUACGAGCUCACCAAGAUCGACCGCUGGUUCCUGCACAAGAUGAAGAACAUCACGGAGCACGCGGCACUGCUGGAGUCGUUCCGCGGCGGGCAGGGCGCCCUGCCGCCYGCCGUGCUGCUGCGUGCCAAGCAGCUCGGCUUCUCCGACAAGCAGGUGGCUCAGGCCGUGCUCAGCACCGAGCUGGCCGUGAGGAAGCUGCGGCGCGACCUGGGCAUCCUGCCGGUGGUGAAGCAGAUCGACACGGUGGCCGCCGAGUGGCCGGCCCAGACCAACUACCUCUACCUGACCUACAACGGCAGCGAGCACGACCUGGCCUUCCGCGAGCCCCACGUCAUGGUCAUCGGCUCCGGCGUCUACCGCAUCGGCAGCAGCGUCGAGUUUGACUGGUGCGCUGUGGGCUGCAUCCAGGAGCUGCGCAAGCUGGGCUUCAAGACCAUCAUGGUGAACUACAACCCGGAGACGGUGAGCACCGACUACGACAUGUGUGACCGCCUCUACUUUGACGAGAUCUCCUUCGAGGUCGUCAUGGACAUCUACGAGCUGGAGAACCCCGAGGGCGUCAUCCUGUCCAUGGGCGGGCAGCUGCCCAACAACAUGGCCAUGGCGCUGCACCGGCAGCAGUGCCGCGUCCUGGGCACGUCGCCCGAGGCCAUCGACGCCGCCGAGAACCGCUUCAAGUUCUCCCGCCUGCUGGACACCAUCGGCAUCAGCCAGCCGCUCUGGAAGGAGCUCUCGGACACGGAGUCGGCCCGGCACUUCUGCUGCUCCGUGGGCUAUCCGUGCGUGGUGCGGCCCUCCUACGUGCUCAGCGGUGCCGCCAUGAACGUGGCCUACUCGGACAGCGACCUGGAGCGGUUCCUGAGCACCGCCGUGGCCGUGUCCAAGGAGCAGCCCGUCGUCAUCUCCAAGUUCAUCCAGGAGGCCAAGGAGAUCGACGUGGACGCGGUGGCGUGCGACGGCGCCGUGGUGGCCAUCGCCAUCUCAGAGCACGUGGAGAACGCGGGCGUGCACUCGGGCGACGCCACACUUGUGACGCCGCCCCAGGACAUCACGCCCAAGACGCUGGAGCGCAUCGAGGCCAUCGUGCACGCCGUCGGGCAGCAGCUGCAGGUCACCGGGCCCUUCAACCUGCAGCUCAUCGCCAAGGACGACCAGCUGAAGGUGAUCGAGUGCAACGUGCGCGUGUCCCGCUCCUUCCCCUUCGUCUCCAAGACGCUGGGGGUGGACCUGGUGGCCCUGGCCAGCCAGGUGAUCAUGGGCGAGGCCGUGGAGCCCGUGGGGCUGAUGACAGGCAGGGGCGUCGUGGGUGUGAAGGUGCCGCAGUUCUCCUUCUCGCGCCUGGCGGGCGCCGAUGUGGUGCUGGGCGUGGAGAUGACGAGCACGGGCGAGGUGGCCUGCUUCGGCGAGAACCGCUGCGAGGCCUACCUCAAAGCCAUGCUCAGCACCGGCUUCAGGAUCCCCAGGAAGAACAUCCUGCUCACCAUCGGCAGCUACAAGAACAAGAGCGAGCUGCUGCCCACAGUGCGGACGCUGGAGAGCCUCGGCUACAAGCUCUACGCCAGCCUGGGCACCGCUGACUUCUACACGGAACACGGCAUCAAGGUCAAGGCCGUGGACUGGCACUUCGAGGAGGCGGAGGGCAGCGAGGCRGGCGCGCGCGAGGCGCAGCGCAGCAUCCUGGACUACCUGGCCGAGAACCACUUCGAGAUGGUCAUCAACCUGUCCAUGCGCAACGCAGGCGGCCGCCGCCUCUCCUCCUUCGUCACCAAGGGCUACCGCACGCGCCGCCUGGCCGUCGACUACUCCGUGCCGCUCAUCAUCGACAUCAAGUGCACCAAGCUCUUCGUGGAGGCGCUGCGGCAGAUCGGGGCCGCGCCGCCACUCAAGAUGCACGUGGACUGCAUGACGUCGCAGAAGCUGAUCCGCCUGCCAGGGCUCAUCGAUGUGCACGUGCACCUGCGCGAGCCGGGCGGCACCCACAAGGAGGACUUCGCGUCGGGCACCGCGGCCGCGCUGGCCGGCGGCGUCACCAUGGUGUGCGCCAUGCCCAACACGAGCCCCGCCGUCACCGACGCCGCCUCCUUCGCCCUGGCGCAGAAGCUGGCUGAGGCCGGCGCGCGCUGCGACUUCGCCCUCUUCGUGGGCGCCUCGGCGGACAACGCGGGCUCGCUGGGCGCUGUGGCCGGCGCGGCGGCCGGCCUCAAGAUGUACCUCAACGCCACCUUCUCGGGGCUGCGCAUGGACGACGUGUCGCUGUGGAUGCAGCACUUCGAGCACUGGCCGCGGCACUUGCCCAUCGUGGCCCACGCGGAGCGGCAGACGGUGGCUGCCGUGCUCAUGGUGGCCCAGCUAUACCAGCGGCCCGUGCACAUCUGCCACGUGGCGCGCAGGGAGGAGAUCCUGCUCAUCAAGGCAGCCAAGCAGAAGGGCGUCGCGGUGACGUGCGAGGUGGCCCCGCACCACCUCUUCCUGUGCCGGGACGACCUGGRGCGCCUGGGCGAGGGCCGCGGCGCCGUGCGCCCGCCGCUGGCCACGCGCCGCGACGUGGACGCCCUCUGGGAGAACAUGGACACCAUCGACUGCUUCGCCACGGACCACGCCCCGCACACGCUGGAGGAGAAGCAGGGCCCCGAGCCGCCUCCCGGCUACCCCGGCCUGGAGACCAUGCUGCCGCUGCUGCUGACGGCCGUGGCCGAGGGCCGCCUCUCCGUGGAGGACAUCGUGCAGCGCCUCUACGAGAACCCCCGCAAGAUCUUCGGGCUGCCGCCGCAGGAGGACACCUACGUGGAGGUGGACCUGGAGCACGAGUGGGCCAUCCCGGCGCACACGGCCUUCUGCAAGGCGCGCUGGACGCCCUUCGAGGGCAUGCGCGUGAAGGGCACCGUGCGGCGCGUGGUGCUGCGCGGCGAGGUCGCCUACAUCGACGGCCAGGUGCUGGUGCCCCCGGGCUACGGGCAGGACGUGAGGAAGUGGCCGUUGGGGGCUGUGCCGGCGCCGCCGCCGCUGCCCGCCAAGGAGAGCGCCAAGGUACCGGAGCUGCGGGCGCUGGUGGCUGUGCACCCCGGUGCCAGCUCAGCCCGGUGCCAGCUCGGCCCGGUGCCACCCCGGGGCGGCGCCGAGGGCCGCCUGCACCCGCCGCCCCGCGUGCACCGCUCCUCCGACCCCGGGCUGCCAGCGUUCYGGAGGCUGGGAGCCGCGCACCGCCCGGGCGCCCGAGGCACCGCCGAGGACRGCCGGGAGCAGCCGAGCAGGAAGGCGGCGGAGGCUGGUGAGCGCAACGCACCGCAGGACGGCGGCUGCUUCGCGCUGGGCCCCUUCCCGCGGCAGGCGUCGCCGCAGCGAGCGCCCCACUUCCCAACCUCGCCGCUGCUGCACCCCCUGGUCGGGCAGCACGUGCUCUCCGUGCAGCAGUUCUCCAAGGAGCAGCUCUCGCACCUCUUCAACGUGGCGCACAGCCUGCGCUUGCUGGUGCAGAAGGAGCGCAGCCUGGACAUCCUCAAGGGCAAGGUGAUGGCCUCCCUGUUCUACGAGGCGAGCACGCGCACGAGCAGCUCCUUCGCGGCGGCCAUGUGGCGCCUGGGCGGCGCCGUGCUGCCGCUGGCCGAGGCCACGUCCUCGGCGCAGAAGGGCGAGUCGCUGGCCGACUCCGUCCAGACCAUGUGCUGCUACGCGGACGUGCUGGUGCUGCGGCACCCGCAGCCGGGCGCCGUCGAGCUGGCGGCCAGGCACUGCCGCAAGCCGGUGAUCAACGGCGGCGACGGCGUGGGCGAGCACCCCACGCAGGCGCUGCUCGACAUCUUCACCAUCCGCGAGGAGCUGGGCACCGUCAACGGCAUGACGAUCACCAUGGUGGGCGACCUGAAGCACGGGCGCACGGUGCACUCGCUGGCGCGGCUGCUCACGCUGUACCGCGUGAGCCUGCGCUACGUGUCCCCCGCCGCGCUGCGCAUGCCGCCCGACGUCGUGCGCUUCGUGGCCGCCAGCGGCAUCAAGCAGGAGGAGUUCGGCAGCCUGGAGGAGGCGCUGCCCGACACGGACGUGCUCUACGUGACCCGCAUCCAGAGGGAGCGCUUCGAGUCGCCCGCCGCCUACAAGGCCGGAGCUGUUGUCGGCCGGCACCAUGGGGCCGGGCCCGGUGCCGGUGCCGCGGAGCUCAGCGGCGUGUCCCGCCCCGCGCUGCCCGCAGGGGCCCUCAUGGGCGCCGGCGACGCRGCCGCGCAGCAGCUGGUGGAGCGGCGGGGGCUGCAGGGACACCAGGGCGCCCGCACCGCCCGCAUGGCGGCCAUCGGCGCCUGCUUCGUGGGCCCCGUCCUGGGCACCUGGUACCAGCUCCUCGACCGCCUCGUCCCCGGCGCCACCAAGGCGGCGGCGCUCAAGAAGAUGCUGCUGGACCAGGGCGGCUUCGCGCCCUGCUUCCUGGGCUGCUUCCUCGGCGUGGCGGGCGCCGCCAACGGGCUCUCGCUGCAGGAGACCUGCUCCAAGCUGCGGCAGGACUACGUGGACGCCCUGCUCACCAACUACUGUAUCUGGCCGCCCGUGCAGGCUGCCAACUUCUACUUCGUGCCCCUGAACCACAGGCUGGCCGUGGUCCAGUGCGUUGCCGUCGUCUGGAACUGCUACCUGUCCUGGAAGGCGAAUGGGCCGUGAGAGAAGCGGCCCGCGG